ACUAGUCCCUACAACAGGUCAGGCACAACAUUAUUCCAAAAGCCAUGUGUCUCCGGUUCUGCCUGUGUGGCCUGUUGCUUGCUUUUAUCAUUCCAAGUUGGUGCCAGGCAAUGGAGGUCUCAGAUGUUGGGAUCAGGCUGUGUGGAAGAGAUUUCAUAAGGACAGUUGUCAUGUCAUGUGGAGGAUCCCGGUGGAAGAGGUAUUCACCUGAGCCUGGCCAGGGUAGAGUUAACCCUUACCGAGAUUUCCUGGACUGGCUAAAUAGAGUUUCAUUGGAAGACCCUGAUCGUCUGAAUUCACUGUACUCAGAAAGGCAUGGCGCUCCAAAUCCCCCUUACACUUCCCUGCAGAAGAAUGACCCCACUAUGGAACAGUUGCAAGGUGUCCUGUAUGACCCACUAGUGGGUGAGGAGCAGCAAGGUGUCAGUCUGCGGAUGAAGAGAAGUACAGGGCCAGCUUUAUCCUGCUGCCAGAGAGGCUGCACCAAGGCUGAGCUUAUGAAGUUCUGCUAAUCAUGUUAUAUGCUAUAUAAUCACAAGAGGGGAAAUGUAAUAGGGUGUGAGUAUCAGAAAGUGAGAGAUUUUGUGAGCAUUAUCCUGUUUUUUGUAAAGCGGCAAUCAUUUACAUGGCAAUACCAGGUUGAUUUUGCCAUGUAAAUGAUUGCACUAAAAAAAAACAGGAGACCUCUCACAAAAUCUCUCACUUUCUGAUUCUCACACCCUAUUACAUUCCCCCCAGAGUCUCAUCUCAAAGCACUACGAUCCAUCAACUUGUAGAUAGCGUUCUCUUCAUAGUUCCCAUCAUGGAACUCUUCUGUAAUCUUCUACACAUCUCAAACAUAAAACUGUAUUUGUCCCUGACGUACUGUAGAUGGAGGAGUCAAGUGGUAUGAUAACCUGCAGAGAGAAAUGUGCCCCUUGAUCAUCCAUUGCCCUGCUGCUUGUACAGGAGAUCCAUUAAUGACUAAGGAAUUUUGAUUUUACAUUAGAUAUAAUCCUUCCAUACAUACAUAUUCUGUACAUUUCUUCACUGUCUGGAUAGUAGCUCCGACGCCUUACACACAUUGUACAUGGCAGGCAACAGUCAGCUUUGGAUCAUUGUAGAAACCAUUUCCUGUAUAGAUUAUCUUUUAGUACUGCAGUUAAGAUUAAAAAUUAACAUAUUACACUGUACUCUGUAAUCUGAUUGCAAUGAAGAAGAAAAAGAAUAACAUAGAUUUAUAUAGCUUCCAUUAUUUUUCUCUAUAUUGGAUUUAUUUAUCUGUGAAAGCACCAACUUCCCAUAUGUAAUAAAUCAUUUUAGCAUCUGUAAUAAACUGUAUUUUAUUGGAA